AUGCUCAUGAUCGUUAUAUACCGAGACAUUCGUUCAGUAGCGCGCCUCAAUCUCGUGGGGAGAGAUCAUGAUCUCCACCAAGCUACACACCCUCACAUAGCUACUCUAGCUCCGGCCUCACUGGCGACGGAAAUAGAACCCAUGGUUACGAGCAACGAAUACCGCUGGAUGGACCACAAAUUGGUCAACACCGGCCGUGACAUCAUGGUUUCAGCCCCUGCUUUGAACCAAGGAGAGGACCUUUACGAGCUUCCGGAAGCAGGCAGCGCGGAUCAACCUGGCCGAGUGAAGAGUAUGUUCCGCUUCGUCACGGUUCUCGCCCCUACGACAGACAGACGAGAGGAUCUUGCAUCGCGGGCGCAUGCCGCCGAGCGAAGAGCAGUGCCACGACCAUCAGACAGUCAGGUCAGGAAUGUCUUGGGAGGGAUCCGAGAGGUUACAGCGAAGUCGACGAAGUACGAGAAGACCGGACAAUGGAGCGUGGGACAAUGA